GAGAAGUGUUUUAGAAGAAUGCCCACGGGUCGUCAAUUCGGGACACCUCACGGACCGACGGUUCACUCGAUCCCUAAUGCCAAUCUUCUGAUCCCUCCUUACUCUACCAACGCUCUACUUGCAUCCACACACCACCACAUGGGGAACAAUGGAGGCAAUAAUUUGUUACUGGCAUACAGGACAUUAGGAGUUGUGUUCGGAGGACUUGUUACUUCCCCGUUGUAUGUUUACCCUUCCAUGCACUUGAAAUCUCCGACAGAAGAUGACUACUUGGGUAUCUACAGCAUCAUGUUCUGGACCCUUACUCUUAUUGGGGUUGUCAAGUAUGCCUCUAUUGCUCUCAAAGCUGACGAUCAGGGUGAAGGAGGAACCUUUGCCUUGUAUUCGUUACUCUGUAGGAAUUUGAAUAUUGGAAUUCUACCUUCCAAGUGCAUGGAUUCAAACUCAAAGGUCUCUCAUUCCAGCGGGCAUGAGGGUGCGAAGGAUCAUAGUAGGCUUGGGAAAUUUUUUGAAAAAAGUAUAAUUGCCAGAAGGGUGUUACUUUUUAUAGCUAUGUUAGGCACGUGCAUGCUAAUUGGUGAUGGCAUACUUACUCCUGCAAUCUCAGUCUUGUCAGCAAUGGAUGGGAUACGUGCACCUUUCCCUUCUGUCAGUAAAUCUUUGGUGGAAGCUCUUUCUGCAGCAGUCCUAAUUCUUCUGUUCCUGAUGCAAAAGUUUGGAACCUCACGAGUGAGCUUCCUUUUUUCCCCCAUCAUGGGUGCAUGGACCAUCACGAUUCCACUUGUAGGAAUUUAUAGCAUUGUACAACAUUACCCAAGCAUAUUCAAGGCUUUGUCACCGCAUUACAUCUUCCAUUUCUUUUGGAGAAGAGGAAAAGAUGGCUGGCUGUUGCUUGGUGGUACUGUCCUUUGCAUCACUGGCUCUGAAGCGUUGUUUGCGGAUCUCGGACAUUUCAGCAGGCCCUCAAUUCAGAUUGCCUUUUUUCUCACCAUAUAUCCAUCUCUGGUUUUGACAUAUGCCGGGCAAACAGCAUACCUGAUCAAGAACCCCAAUGAUCAUGAUGAUGGAUUUUACAAGUUUAUACCAACUCCAAUCUACUGGCCAAUUUUCAUCAUAGCCACAUCGGCUGCUAUUGUUGCAAGCCAGUCCCUAAUAUCAGCUACCUUUUCUAUUAUCAAGCAAUCUGUAGUACUGGAUUAUUUUCCCCGGGUGAAAGUGGUGCACACCUCCCCUAGCAAAGAAGGCGAGGUUUACUCCCCAGAAAUAAACUAUAUCCUGAUGAUUCUUUGUGUUCUUGUGAUACUAAUUUUUGGGGAUGGAAAAGAUAUCGGAAAUGCUUUUGGUGUUGUUGUUAGUUUAGUGAUGCUGAUCACCACUAUAUUACUCACAUUGGUCAUGAUCAUGAUAUGGAGAACUCCACCAGUCCUGGUUGCCCUCUACUUCAUCGUAUUUUUUGUGAUGGAAGGUGUUUAUGUGAGUGCUGUCUUCACAAAAUUUCUAGAGGGAGGGUGGAUUCCUUUUGCCAUUUCCUUGAUACUUGCCUUCAUAAUGUUUGGGUGGUUCUAUGGGAGGCAGAGAAAAAUAGAAUACGAGUUGACCCACAAGAUAAGCUUGGACAGACUUGAACAGCUCUUAUCUGACCCAGGUGUCCAGAGGGUUCCUGGAUUGUGCUUCUUUUACACCAAUAUUCAAGAUGGUCUGACUCCAGUUCUGGGACAUUACAUAAAGAACAUGAAAUCCCUUCACAAGGUCACCAUUUUCACUACCCUGAGUUACUUGUUGGUUCCAAAGGUUGCUCAACAUGAGAGGAUUGUUGUCGACAAACUGGGCCUCAAAGGGGUGUAUGGGUGUGUGAUUCAAUAUGGCUAUGCAGAUUCUCUUAAUCUUGAAGGAGAUGAUUUUGUAAGUCUGGUGACCAAUAGCUUGCAGGCUUAUAUACAGAAAAACACUGAUCCGGAGAUUGAAGAAGAGAUUUUAGACUUGGAAGAGGCAAGGCGGUCUGGAGUGGUUCAUAUUCGAGGCAAGGCGAGGUUUUAUACAGGCAAGAGUUGUAGAUGGUUUGAUAGAAUCAUGCUCGCAUUUUAUGAAGUUCUGCACAGUAAUUGUAGGACUGCACUGCCUGCUUUGGGGGUUCCUCUGCCUCAGCGCAUUGAAGUUGGAAUGCUUUACGAGGCUUGAAAAUGGCAAUAGAAUUCAUUUGUAUGCCUUACCCACAGGUAAAAUCUCCUCACAGGUUAUAUCUCGCAAAGAAACAAAAUAACUUGUUUUAUACAGAAAAAUCAGCAACUAUUUAAAUUUGUACUCUACAUUUGGCACUUCCCUGUGAGAUGGGAUGCUAUUUUUCUAGGAUCUUACUUUUUUAAGGAAAGAUGCAAUUGAAAGAACAUUAAUAUUUGAAAAGGAAUAAGAUACAGAUGAAUAUUCCAUCUUCU